AGUGCUCCCUCAGGCAGUGGACGAAACCAAAACAAACCCCCUCGGUGUUCUCCUUUUGUUUGCGUGUUUUAUUUCACGUACGAUGUCGACAACAGAGCCGGGACUAUGACUGCGAGCGGGGACACGUGUCCUCGGACCCUCGGUGGGUUGUUGUGUUUGUUUGUCGGAGUUGUGUCCGGUUGUUCUCCGGAGUCUCUGAGUCUGGACGGGAAAUGGAGUCUGUCAAACUCCAACGGUUCCGUGUCCCUGGCUGCUCAGGUGCCCGGAUGUGUCCACUCGGCUCUGCAGCAGCAGGGAGUCAUCCAGGACCCAUAUUUCAGGUUCAAUGAUUUGACUUAUCGGUGGAUUGCUUUAGAAAACUGGACGUACACGACCGUGUUCAACGUGUCGGCCCGCGUGAGGAACAAACAGAAGGUCCUGCUCUCCUUUGACGGCGUGGACACCGUGGCAUCGAUCCGGCUCAAUGGCGUCUCAGUGGGCAGCACGGACAACAUGUUCCGCAGAUAUGACAUCUCGGUCAGAGACCUGCUGAGGGACGGGGUUAAUGAGCUGAAGGUCGGUUUGAUGUCUCCGGUUCUCUACGCCUCUGAGCGGAGGGAAGCUCACUCGGCCUACCGGGUUCCUCCGGAGUGUCCUCCAGAUGUUCAGAAGGGGGUGUGUCACGUCAACUUCAUCAGGAAAGAGCAAAGCUCUUUCAGCUGGGACUGGGGCCCGUCCUUCCCGACCAUGGGACUGUGGAAGGGGGUUUGUGUGGAGGCGUUUGACGUCCUGCAGCUCGUCCAGGUUUCCUCUGUCCCUCUGUACAACUCCGGCCUCUCUCAGUGGAGCGUCCAGGUUGAGCUUCUUGUCGACGCAGUUCAGACAACGAGCGGACAAGUUUCUCUCUCCAUCCCAGAGCUGGAGUCAGAGCAAAGCUUCCAGACACAGUUUGUCUCAGGAAAGACCAAGAACAUCUUCAUGUUACACAUUAACACGAGCAGAGAGGUGAAGCUGUGGUGGCCCCACACACACGGGGACCAGCCCUGUUACCAGCUCAGUGUCCGAGGACAUCAGGAUGGACUUUUGAUCCUGAAUACAAAGUCCAAGGUUUCUUUUCGAACAGUGGAACUCAUCCAGGAACCGGUCCUCGGGUCUCCAGGUCUGAGUUUCUAUUUCCGCAUCAACGGGAAACCAAUUUUCCUCAAAGGCUCCAACUGGAUCCCGGCUCACUCCUUCCAGGACCAGAUCUCCCCUGACGUCAUCAGGAACUUGUUGCAGUCGGCAGUGGACGCCAACAUGAACACGCUCAGGGUGUGGGGGGGAGGAGUUUAUGAACAGGAUAUUUUCUACAGUGUCUGCGAUGAACUUGGAAUCAUGAUCUGGCAGGACUUCAUGUUUGCCUGCGCCUUGUAUCCCACUGAGGACGACUUCAUCCAGACAGUCAGAGAAGAGGUCGUCCAGCAGCUUCAACGCCUCAAGUCUCACCCCUCGAUAAUCAUCUGGAGCGGUAACAAUGAAAACGAAGCUGCUCUGGCAACAGACUGGUUCAGUAUCCCGGCUUCCCAGAGGCCCACGUACACCAGAGACUAUGUGACGCUCUACGUCAACAACAUAAGGAAGAUUGUGCAAGAAGAGGACCAGAGUCGACCGUAUCUCGUGUCCAGUCCCACGAACGGGGCUGAGUCGGAGCGGCAGGGCUGGGUGGCAGAGGAUCCGUAUGACCCUCACUACGGGGACACUCAUUUCUACAGCUACCUCCUCGACUGCUGGGACUGGCGGACUUUCCCUCGAACGCGUUUCGCCUCUGAGUACGGCUUCCAGUCCUGGCCCUCCUUCUCCACGCUGCAGCCGGUUUCCGUGGAAGAAGACUGGAGCUACGACAGUGACUUCACUUCCCAUCGUCAGCAUCACGAGGACGGGAACCAGCAGAUGUUACUGCAGGCGGCUUUUCACUUCCACCUGCCCAACGCCACAGAUCCCCUGAAGAGAUUCACCGACACUCUGUACAUCUCUCAGGUCACGCAGGCUCAGUGUGUGAAGACUCAGACGGAGUUUUAUCGGCGGAGUCGUACCGAGAUCGUUGAGGGCAAAGGUCAAACCAUGGGCGCCCUCUACUGGCAGCUCAAUGAUAUUUGGCAGGGGCCUUCCUGGUCAUCAAUAGAGUUUGGUGGGAAGUGGAAAAUGCUUCAUUAUUUUGCUCAGAGCUUCUUCGCCCCCGUGCUUCCGGUUGGUUUCGAGGACGCAGACACUCUGUUCAUCUACGCCGUCUCCGACCUGAGUCACGACCUGAAGCUCAGGGCGGUGGUGACCGUGUUCUCCUGGUCUCGUUCAGAUCCUGUGUGCACGCUGAGGUCCGACCCGCUCCUGGUCCCCGGAGGCAGCGCCGUGGAGGUGUUUAAACAGCCCGUUGCCGCCCUGCUGGCAGGAUGUGGACGCUGCACCCGGACCACCUGCCUGCUCACCUUCCACCUGGAGGACGGCAGCGGCCGGCAGGGUCCCACCAACCACCACUUCCUGUGCUCACCCAAAGACGCUGAGGGACUCCAGAGACCAAACAUCACAGCCAAAGUGCAGGAGGCGGAGUCUGCCCUCGUCAUCACCCUCCACUCUUCCUCCGUGGCUCCUUUUGUGUGGCUCGACGUGGGAAACAUCCCCGGACGCUUCAGCUCCAACGGCUUCCUGAUGGCCUCUGGGAACAUGACGGUCAGCUUCGAUGCGUGGCGUCCGACCAGCGACACAGAACUCUCCAGAUCCCUCAGCGUCACGUCUUUAACCGACGUGUACUGAUCCACGAGCAGCGAGCGUUGAUACGAAGGUGAUGAAAUCAAAGGAAACAUGUCGAGUAUGAUGCUUUGAUUCACACAGACACAGUCAGAGACGGGGAUGAAAUGUCCAUGAACCUAAACUGAGGCCUGAGGCGACUGGAGGGUUCCUGACGUGGCAGGAGAUCAAGUAUCAAACCAUUCAGGUCUUUAUAAAACAUUCUGAAGUCACUUCUUCGACAGACAGAUCUGAGAAUAUGAUCCACUGUCUUUUGUAUUUGUGAGGACUCACCAGCAGCCUUUUUGCUGUUGUGGAAAUGAAACGUUAUCUUGACUGAGCUUCAUUUAGCAGAUGACAGUUUACGAUGCACUGAAACCAUUUCGCUUUUGUUUGUUUUGCAUUAUUGCAGGAUUCAGAUAAUUAACCGAGCAAAGACUCUUAAUACUUGACAUUUUUGUAUUGUGUUGUUAUUACGUACCAUCCAACAAAUGUAUACUUUUGUGUCUUUUCUUAAUUUAGACCUUUUUUAGAUGUUGUUGCUUUUGACAUUCAAGUACUUUUCUGCUCAGUCGGUGCUAUUCAUAGAAAUAUUUUAAGUAAUAAACACAUGUUGCUCAAAAACA